GUUAUUUAAGAUGGAGAUUAAAUUGUUAUUGUUUAUUUUCCUGUCUAUCAGAUGCUGUUUAUCCUCUGAAUCUGUGAAGUCCUCAGCAUCAGUUAUUUUUAAUCAGAGAAAUGGGGAAUUUGAAAUACACAAUGGGUUUGUGGAGGAUUGUUUGGUUUUUGGAGAAUUUCUGAAUUCUGUGAAUGAAACUGGGUGGGGAGAGUUGAGUAUCAGAACAAUCAACAGAGGAAAUUGGAAUGACUCUGUAUUGGCGUAUGGUGCUGGACUGGUUGAAGGUUAUUUAACUAAAGAUUUGAUUGAAAUGCAUUGGUUAAACACUCAGUCAACCUACUGUACCCAGCCUUACUCUGACUACUGUACUAAAUUACAUUGGUUCCUGACAGAGAAUUUAGAAUGGAUUAAAGACAUGAUCAAUGAUGCCACCCUUCAAGAUACUUAUUGGUAUCAGGUGAAGUUACAUUAUGAACAGAUAUCAGGAUUAUUAGCAGGGUAUCAUAAUAAACCAGGAGAUAUUGGUAUCAAUAUAGAGAUAUUUGGACAUUAUUUAAUGCAGAUACAAGAUGAUAUAUAUGAUAUAGAGAAUGUAUUAAAGAAGCCAGGAGUAGAGAAGACUAGACCAAUGGGACACUGUUCAGCUUUGGUGAAAUUAUUAGAGAAUGGUGAUGUAUUAUCAGCCCAUGAUACAUGGUCAGGAUUUAAUACAAUGUUACGAAUAUUAAAAUAUUAUGAUUUACCAUUUCAUACCACUGCAGAUAUGAAAGAAAUUAUACAUGGAUCAAGAAUGAGUUUUUCUUCCUAUCCUGGCUAUCUGUAUAGUUCAGAUGAUUUUUAUGUUACUUCAGCACAACUGAUGAUAAUGGAGACAACCAACCCUACCAAUAAUAACAGUUUAUUUAAUGAUAUAAAACCAGAGGGUAUAAUAUUUGAAGGUAUUAGGAAUCAGAUAGCUAAUAGACUAGCUAGUACUGGUUAUGAAUGGGUACAAGCUUUCUCUAGAUACAACAGUGGCACGUAUAAUAAUCAAUGGAUGGUUGUAAAUUAUAAACAAUUGACCUCAUCACCUCCUGUUGGAAUAUUAACAGUUUUAGAACAAUAUCCUGGUUUGAUACACCAUGAAGAUUUAACUCCUAUAUUAAUGAAGAAAGGAUACUGGUCUAGCUUCAACAGAAUAUAUUAUCGAGAUAUAUUUGCGAUCAGUGGUGAACAGGAAUUAAUUGAUAAAUAUGGAGAUUUUUUUACACAUGAUAAAUAUGCUAGAGCUUUAAUAUUUGACAGAGAUCAACAAUAUGUAGAGAAUGUUACAGGAUUAGUAAGACUUAUGAGAUACAACGAUUAUAAACAUGAUCCUCUAUCAAGAUGUAAUUGUACUCCACCAUACAGUGCUAACCUAGCUAUCAUGGCCAGAGGAGAUUUAAAUCCUGCAGAUGGAGCCUAUCCAUUCCAUGAAUUAGGAAGAAAUAUUGGUGGUGGUUUGGAUACUAAGGCAACAUCCAGCUCUCUAGUAAAGGAGGUCAGUUUUUACGCUCAGAGUGGACCAACCUCAGAUCAAGUACCUGUUUUUAAAUGGAGUGAUGUACCAGAGCAGAUAUCUCAUCUUGGUCAUCCAGACACAUUCAAUUUCCCUUUAAUACUUUUUAAUACCACAAAAUAUGAUUAGGAAUAAAACACGAUCGUAAUAAUCC